GGUUGUGGUAUAUAUUUGGUAUAUGUAUAGAUAUGGAGGGUAGAACCAGUCUUGCAAUAAAUGAUAUUCUGAACGCACGCCUAUUAUUUGUCACUGGCGAACGAGGCGUGGUUUUGUUACUGUAUUUUAGUAAAUACGUGCUUAAAUCAAGUAUUAUCCAGUGUAUGUGUGAUAUAUGUAGUGUUAAAAACAAUGGGCGUCGGAAAAAUACCCGAGUUCGACGUGAAAACGGGAAAUUGGACUAUGUAUUGUGAGAGGUUAGAAAUGUAUUUCCUCGCGAACGAUAUUAAGGAUGAAGUGAAGUUACCAACACUAAUCGCAGUAAUGGGAGAAGAUGCAUAUCACUUGUUAUCUACGUUAGCAAGCCCCAGCCAACCUUCAUCUUUGACCUUCACUAGCGCGGUGACACUGCUCAAAAAUCACUUACAACCGAAACCCUCCAUCUUGGCCGAGCGCUACAGAUUUCGGCAGCGGCGCCAGGCAGAGGGAGAAAGUGUAGCUGAGUAUGUGGCGGAACUGAAGAAGCUAGCAAAAACAUGCGAUUUUGGGUCGUCUUUAGAAGAAAAUCUCCGCGACCAACUUGUUUGCGGCAUUGUAAGUGAGUCGACGCGGCAACGAUUGUUCGCGGAGGACGGCAUCGGCUACGCGAGGGCGGUCAGUUUGGCUACGACAUUGGAGGCGGCAGAAAAGAAUGCAGUCGCGGUAGAUCGAGACGCUAAUAAUGUUAACACGGGUGUAAAUAAACUGGAAGCGAACCAUAAAUGUAUGGCGUGCGGGGAGAUUGGGCAUAAAACGGAAGGUUGUAAAUAUAAAAACUUUGAAUGUAGUUGGUGUAAAAACUUAGGCCACUUAAGAAGGAUGUGCCCUGAGAAAAAUGCAAGACUCGGAGUGACGGGAACGGCGGGUAGCCAGUCACAAUCACGCGGAGACGGCGUGACCUAUAACGGUAGCGGAGCACGCGGGAACCGAUCAUCUGGAAGAGGCGGUAGCGGGCGCGGGCGCGGACGCGGAGGUCGCUCGGGCCGCCGGGGCACAAACAACUAUUGGGUGCACGCGCACCAGGGAUUAGCUGACGCGGCGAGCGAUCACGGCGGGUAUACGUCGGCGCUGGACAAUAGUGAUUUGGAUGAUGACAACGAACCUAUGUACCAAAUGUCAUUAAGCAAAUAUAAACCGGCAUGAGUCAUUGUUUGACGGCACCCUGGGGCGGUACACGGGCGGCACGGUGCGGCUGCAUGUACGUCCGGGCGCCGGCCCGGUGUUU